AUGUCUUGGCAUUCACUCCUGAUUUUCGCACCUUGCACUCAGUUUCAAAAAUUCUCAGUUCCCGUUGCCCUUGCGCGACCAAGUCAGUUCCGACUCUUGCCAGGUGUCCGUCAUCGGCGCAUUAGUCCUACAAAGACGUUCAUCCAGGGAAUCGUUCAAUUCCAUACAGUCAUAGUGCAAUGCUCUGGCGUCUUUACUCUGACUCAAACAGAGGACUCAUCAUGGAAGGCUUGGUCCUUUGUGACCAUGAUGGACCGGUUGUCUGGCGUGGUCGAUCGUUUUGAUGGACAUAUGCCUUUCUGUCGCCCUGCCGAGUGGAACACUGCAAUGGAGUACACAGCGGUCAUCAUGGGUGCAGGUCAGUGCGGCUUAUCCAUGGCCGCCUGUUUGGAGAAUCUCGGGAUCUCCACACUUGUCUUAGAGAGGUCUGGCAGAAUUGGCAAUAGUUGGUGUUUUCGAUACGAUUCACUGGAGACAAAUACUCCCAAGGUGUUCAAUCAUCUACCCUUCGUCGAAUUCCCAGAGAGAUCCGGAAACUACACCCCCUGCAGAGACGUUGCUGACUAUCUUGAAGAUUACCAAAGAACUCUUGGUCUUCAUGUGUUGACCUCAGCGAGCAUUUCUGCCGCUUCAUAUGAUGCUUCGUCAAGUACCUGGACAUUAUCUGUAUCUCUUCCAGGGCAAGCCUCUAUUACUGUGAUGGCCCGGUACAUGAUUGUCGCAAUAGGCGUUGGCACGAUGGGAGGUGCACUCCCGUUCAUGCCUUCGAUUCCAGGAAAAAGCUCCUUCCUCGGUUCUGUCAUCCAUUCAAGCGAAUACAAAUCUUCCUCCUGCGUCGGCGCGCAGAACGUCGCUGUCAUCGGCGCAGGAUGUUCUGUGCACGAUAUUGCUCAGGACAUGGCAACUCAUGGGUCUCAGACAGCACUUGUCCAGCGUUCCUCGACCCUCGUUUUGAGUCGCCAGGUGAUCGACAGCCUGCUUACCGGUAAUCUCAGUGCACUUGCUGUAAAGAUAUCUAUUGAUUUGGCUUGUAGGAUAUAUCAGGCAGGAUGUUCCUCCGACAGAGAUCGCUGA